AUGGAUUACUUAACGUGCGAUUCUUGUGAGAAUCUAUUUGUUGAUCCACUAGAAUUGGACUGUUUACACACUUUCUGUAAGAAAUGUAUCGACCAGGAAAUGAUAGAUACAGAAAACAAUGCAGUGAGGUGUCGUUUAUGUGCAAUGGAAACGACACCAGGAAAUAUUCAGGUAAACCGACUAAUCGCCCUUGCCCUGCAGGCAAAAAACGCAGGCCAAAAUAACCACCACAAAGAUGAAAAUACCAUAAAUGAAUUUCAAAUGCAAGCAAACGAUUUAAGGGCUAAUGUUUUAGGAAAGCCCGACUCACGAGAAAUCGUCUCUCAGAAAAGAGAAGAUUUACGACAAAGCAUAACCGAGUUCUACUGUAAAUUUAUUGAGGAUAUGACUAUUUACCUGAAAGAGCAAAGUGCUGACAUUCUUUCUGAAUUAGAUUCAAUAUUUGAAAAAUACGAAUACGAGAGUAUCAUGAAAGAGAAAAGAAAGCAGAUGCUUGCAGAAGAAAUAGAGACGUUAUUCAAAAUAUUCAGCAAUGUUUAUACCGACAAAACACAAUUAUUCAUGGGAGAUCUUGUACACGAGAUGAGUUCCUACUUUGGAAAAUGUCGAAGCUUGCUAGAUACGAUUGGGAGCGUAGCGUGCAAUGUUAACUUUCUGUCAGGCAUUGAACAGAAAGAUCUUGUUCUAGCGACCAAUUUUGGUGCUUUAGUUGAUCAAACAGUACGCGAUGAAACAAAUAAUCCCCAAGUUGAUGACUGCACUGAAAAUACCCCUACAAAUGAUCUCUCCGAGCCCAAUACGUUGGAGCCGGAUAUCUCCGAUGAAAGGUCAUAUGAUGAUGCCACAAACAAUGCCACAGAAGCACACCCUCAGUCAGGGUCAGAUUUAACCACAAAUCAUGACGAGGGGAUAGAAAAUGAAAGUCAGACAGUCACAAUAGGAAUCGAGAAUUCGACAAAUUCUGCUGAUCACGCAAUAGAAUCUCAACCACUGUCACCUCCAACAAAUGAUAUUAACUCUAUGACAGUUUCCCCUACCGACCCUCAGUUCACGAAUUCGUCUUCUAAUAAUGCAGAGGAGGAUCCUCCCGAGGAACCCCCUCCCCCCUACUGGAUGGCUAUUGGAGAGAACGAACCAAGUGAACAGUUUUCAUUUUUAUCGACACCAGGGGGCAGAAAUAGGAAUCCCAGGAGGUCACCUCGACUGUCGGACUCAUUUUCCUCCAACGUGUCAUCUUCAAGUAGAUCGGGUCGAGGAACAAAUAUUCCUCAGAGAGGUAGUUUUAAUCAACACACAGUUCAUACUUCCAACCCUCUGCAGUAUGCUACUCACGCGUUGUCAAUUCGAACACAUCAACCCGACGAUGUAAGAACUGGCCCAAUAGUUGCCAUUGCAUGGAUGCAAGAUAAACUGAUGUUGGUUGAUCGUUUCAACAGUAAGCUCAAAAUGUAUUUGGAAACUGGCGAAUUUCUCCACAGCUUAAAAUUCAUGGAUGGCGAACCAUGGGACGUUUGCGCCAUGAAUGUGGUUGAAAUGUUGAACAAUCCAAUGACGUGUGGUAUAACUAUUCCCAGAAAAAGAAUGGUUAUGCUAAUUCAAAUACUAGAUGGAAGAACAAUGCUGAUUAGCCAUCGUUUUGCUACAAGAAAUGGAUACGCCUGUCUUGCUUACGAUCAAAGGAAUGGAGCACUAGUAUGUGGAGUUUCUUCCCCGUUUGGGACCCCAGGUAUUGACGUCAUAAACACUUCUGGCGUCCUUCUAGCUCACUUUCCGUUACCGCGACAAGUUUUGGUGCGAUCAAUCGACGUUUCAAUUAAAGAUGCUAUUAUAAUCUGUGACUGGAGAAAAAACAAUGUCAUAUUCCUAAAUAAAAGCGGCGCUGUCAUUGGCCAGUAUAGCGGGUCGUCAGAGCCCGUUGGAACAUGCACUGAUGGUCGUGGGUUCUUGCUGGUCGCCGAUUCCAAAUCCAAUGCCAUCGACAUCUUGACAAUGGAAGGGAAGUUUUUCGGCAAGGUGAAAUCAAGCUGUCCAAUUAUACGACCAAAAGAAAUAAACGUUCGUCCUGACGGGCCCCCAAGGCUGGCUUUGUCACAUGGGUCGAUGUUUGUGGAGGUGUUCGAUUUGUUUGAAAGUGAAACCUCCCUCCCAACCAUUCCUACGGCUCCGCCACCACCGCAGUGA